AUGUCUUUCUUGACCGAAAUUAACACUUCUACGGCAGAACCAUGCGAACUUUCUCUCUUCACCGAUCCUCCCAAUCAAGUGGCUCUUCAAAAAAUAUAUUUUUCUGAAACUCGACCUAUAUAUUCCUUUGACGCGGACGACGCUCCGCUCGAAUUUGCAAUUCCCGGAAGUGGAAAUGAGUAUUUAGAUUUGAGAAGAAGUCGGUUGUACCUGAAAGUGAAGAUCACCAAAGCCGACGGUACGUCCAUGGCUGCUUCGGAGAAGACGGGGAUCGUUAACCUACCCUUACAAUCUCUGUUCUCUCAAAUUGACGUGUUUAUGAAUGGAAAAUGUGUCACCCAGAAUGCCAACAACUACCCUUGGAAAGCCUACCUGAAAGUGGUCUUGUCCAGCAGUGCGGAGGCCAGUAAAUCUUAUCUACAGACCCAGUUGUAUUAUCCCGACAAAGACGGUGUGGAGGAUCCAAAUGCCGCCUCGGGAAGAAAUACGGGACUUCGAUCUCGUUACGUCUUUACUCAAAUGUCCAGGACCUUCGAUUUAGAGGGGCCCUUGUACUUGGACUGUUUUUACUUGGACAAGUACCUCAUCAAUGGCGUUGACUUACAGCUGAGACUGUUUCGUUCUCGGAACGAAUUUGUCGUGAUGAGUGGUGAAAGCAGUCCCAAUUAUAAGGUCACCAUUCUAGACGCCGUCUUUAAGGCCUGUAAAAUCCGAGUAGACAGUGCCGUGUUGUUAAAUCACGCCGAGGCUAUCACUAAGACACCGGCGCGAUAUAACUACCUGAAAACGGACGUUAAGAUGACCACCAUUGCAGACAAAACGAGUGAAUUUUACUGGGACGACGUGUGGAACGGAAAACAACCCUCAAAGAUGUACGUUGCCUUCGUCAAACAGUCGGCCGUCAACGGGAGCUACGGAACUAAUCCUUUUAACUUUGAGCACUUUAAUCUGUCCGAAAUUGUGGUGACCGUUAAUGGCGAACCCAUCCCCGUUCGCCCUUUAAAAUUUGACUAUGGUGACAAUCGGAACUAUGUCACUGCACUUUGUAACCUUUAUCAAUCGAGUGAGAAAUGGUACAAAGACGAAGGAUUGAUCAUCGACAGAGACCAGUUCUCCAAAGGAUAUGCCAUCUAUGCCUUUGACCUCGUCCCCAACGACUUGGGAGAAGGAUAUAUAAAUCUGGUACACCAAGGAAACGUGGGAGUGUACGCUCGGUUCGCUACAGCAACGACAGAAACCAUCUGUGCCUUAGCCUACUGUGAGUGUCCCGGACUGUUGAUGAUUGAUCAAUCCCGUGAAGUCCGACAAAUCUAA